AUGAAUUCGCUGAAUCUAGAUGUUUCCAACGCGGCGGUGAUGAAGGAUGAGCAAGGUCGGCCCUUCAUUGUCGUCAGAGAUCAGGGGAAGAAGAAGCGCCAGUUUGGCAACGAAGCCGUCAAGUCACACAUCCUCGCCGCCCGAACAGUUGCCAACCUCGUCAAGACGUCACUGGGUCCUCGCGGUCUCGACAAGAUCCUAAUCUCUCCAGACGGCGACAUCACGGUCACGAACGAUGGAGCUACCAUUCUCCAGCAGAUGGAAGUCAGCAACCACGUUGCCAAGCUGCUGGUGGAGCUUUCGAAAUCACAAGACGAGGAGAUUGGUGACGGCACUACCGGUGUGGUCGUCCUGGCGGGCGCCCUCCUUGAGCAGGCCGCCGACCUCAUCGACAAGGGCAUUCACCCUAUCCGCAUCGCCGACGGCUACGACCAAGCCUGCGACAUUGCUGUCGCCGAGUUGGACAAGAUUUCAGAUACCAUCGAGUUUACAAAGGAGGAGACUUCUAACCUGCUCAAGGUGGCGCGGACAAGUUUGGGAAGCAAGAUUGUCUCCAAGGCUCAUGACCAGUUUGCCAACAUUGCCGUUGACGCCGUUCUGUCCGUGGCUGACCUCGAGCGGAAAGACGUGGAUUUCGAUCUGAUCAAGGUCGACGGCAAGGUUGGUGGCGCUCUUGAGGACACCAUUCUUGUCAAGGGCGUAAUCAUCGACAAGGAUUUCUCUCAUCCCCAGAUGCCCUCAGAGGUCAAGGAUGCCAAGAUUGCCAUCCUGACAUGCGCUUUCGAGCCUCCCAAGCCCAAGACCAAGCACCACCUCGACAUCACAAGCGUAGAAGAGUUCAAGAAGCUGCAAAACUACGAGAAGGAGAAGUUUAUUGAGAUGAUUCAGCAGAUCAAGGACACCGGUGCAAACUUGGCCAUCUGCCAGUGGGGUUUUGAUGACGAGGCAAACCACCUGUUGCUCCAGAACCAGCUUCCCGCUGUUCGAUGGGUCGGUGGCCCCGAGAUUGAAUUGAUUGCUAUUGCGACGAACGGCAGGAUAGUGCCUCGCUUUGAGGAUCUGAAGGCGGAGAAGCUGGGUUCGGCCGGCAUUGUCAGAGAAAUGUCGUUUGGAACAACAAGAGAGAAGAUGCUGGUCAUUGAGGAGUGCGCCAACACCAGAGCCGUGACCGUGUUCGUGCGAGGAAGCAACAAGAUGAUCAUUGACGAGGCCAAGCGGUCACUACACGAUGCGCUCUGCGUCGUACGAAACCUCGUAAGAGACAACCGAGUUGUCUACGGAGGUGGUGCUGCCGAGAUUGCUUGCUCUCUGGCGGUUGAGGAUGCCGCCGGCAAGACCCCUGGCUUGGAGCAGUACGCCAUGCGUGCCUUUGCCGAAGCCCUGGACGCCGUCCCCAUGGCUCUGGCUGAGAACAGUGGUCUCAACUCCAUCUCAACCUUGGCGGAGGUGAAGAGCCAGCAGGUCAAGGCAGGACCUGACAACAGAGGAAAGCUCGGUGUUGACUGCAUGGGGCGUGGCGACAACGAUAUGAAGGCGGCCUUUGUCAUUGACCCGCUGAUUAGCAAGAAGCAGCAACUGCAGCUGGCAACACAGCUGUGUCGCAUGGUUCUCAAGGUUAACAAUGUCAUUGUGUCUGGCUCUGAUGAGAAUGAUUUUUAA